UUGCUCUUAGAUAAAAAUAUCCAAAAUACCUUCAGAAUUAAACAAGAGGACUGAAGUACGCCAAAUAAUAAUAUUUAUCUAAAGUAACGUACAGCGUUUCGCUCCUUUCCAUGCACCGUACAUUGACGGUUUACGGCUGGCUGCUGUGCUUUUGGCAGCCAGGUCUUCGGUGCAGCGCGCGCACCACACAAACGACCACGGUUACUGACUCUGUCCUGUGGCGGAUUCCUACAGAGGUUAAUGCAUUUCGCAUGAUUGAGCGCGCGAAGGAAAAUAUGGAAGACGACAUGGUGACGCUGCAGUUCCCACCGAGUGCGACAACGCCAUCGUCAUCGCCAGGUAGCGUGUUGCGACCGCAUCUGGGGAACACUGUGUCGUUCUGGUGCCCCGUUCCCGUGGGCGGGCACUUCUCCGGCAUCAGCUGGACCGUCCAGGGUCAAACUGUAUUCGAACGCGGCCAGCCGGUGGCGCUGCCGGCCUCCCAGCCGCAUUCACAUUAUGAAUUCGCGCAGUUGGAUGACGGGACCGCGGUGCUCCGCAUCCGCAACGUCUCCCUGGCGUCCAGCGGAGAGGUCGUCUGCCGUUUGGACGAGGCGGCCAGAAAGACCGAGUUGCGGCGCUUCACCUUGAUUCCCCGCGUCACGGAGGCCUCGGAGGUUUUCGUGGAAGGGCUGCCACCGAAGCAGCGGUCGGUCGUCGGGGGCAACUUCAACAUCAGUUGCCGGGUGCGGCUGCCUCUGGCGCCGGAGGUGGCGGAGAAUGUGCAACAUCACUUCAUGUGGCGGCACCUGGGUCGGCUGCUGGAUGCGCCGGCUGAAGAGCCGUACAGUUCGCAUCUGCCGGCGUCGUGGACGAGGACCGCCAACGACACGCGGACUGUCGUGGACCUCUUGGGUCGGCCCAUUGUCAACGUGACGCGCGGUUCGCCGCUUGCGCACUCCGUGGCGGAUCUAUUCCGCACCGCCGUCAGCAACUCCGGCAUCAGAGACAACGCGCCGGGCGCCGUGUUCGCUUUCCACCUGAAUUCAACCUACGCUGACCAGGGCGAUAUCGGCCCGGUGGAGUGCUGGUUCCGGCCGCAUCGACACCUCCACGAGUGGAUCGUGCAGUCCACCUAUUUGAGCGUCGCGCCUUAGCCCAGGCUGUUCUGUUGUCUUUCAUUAAUUGAGCCAAUGGACAACAUGCGAUAUGACUAAGCAUUAAAAUAUGCAGGAAUAAU